CAAAAUGCGUGUCUCCGCCCCCACUGUUGCCCUUGCCAUUGCGCAGACCUCUAUCGCUGCCUCUGUGCCUCAACUCCAGGCCCGUCAGUCCUCUGAAUGCUCAGCAGUCCAUAUCUUCACCGCUAAGGCACNNGGCAAUAACGAGCCUUACCCCGGUCGCCAGGGCAAGCUCAUUAACGCUGUCUGCGAUGGCCUCCCAAGCUGUGACUACGAGGACAUUCUCUUCUACAACCCUGUCGAGGCUCCCUACUGCGCUUCCAUUGAGGAGGGUGUUGCCAACGGUAUCGCUCAGCUCAACUCUUACGCCGCUCGCUGCCCCGACUCCAAGUUGGUCAUCAGCGGUUACUCCCAGGGCUCCCAAAUCGUCAGCGACAUCCUCGGCGGUGGUAGCGGCACUUUCUUCCAGGACUGCAUGACCAAGCCCACUGCCAACCUUGACGUCAACUCUGAGCUCGGCAAGAAGAUUGUUGCUGUCACCACCUUCGGUAACACCAGACACACUGCCAACCAGCCCUACAACCAGCUGAGCGGUGCUCCCGACAACGGCAUCUUCCCUCGUCCUGCCUACCAGUUGGCCAACCUUGCCACCUGGACUGCCAAGUACCACGACUACUGCGUCGCCGAGGACCCCGUCUGCGCUGGCGGUAACGUUGUUGAGGACCACCUUAACUACUUCGACGUCUACACCAACCUCGCCGCCUCCUGGAUCAAGCAGCAGAUUGCCUCUGCCGAUGUUGUUGUCUCCAGCACCAUUGUCUCCCCCAGCAGCACCUUCACCUCGGUCGCUACCACUGACAAGGUUGUCCCUACCACCUUCGCGUACAGCAACAACACCGCCACUGCCCCUGUCAUCACUGCUUCUGCCUCUCUCUCCUCGAUCCAGACUGGAGUCCUCGCUAUCCCCACUGUCGCACCCGAGUCUACCGUCACCGUUACCGUUGACUGUGCUUCUGUUGACACUUCCGCUAUCGCCUCUUACACCUCUGUCUGGGCCUCCACUGCCGUUGUCUCUCAGAGCGUUGCUGCCUCCGCCACUGCUGGCUCUGGCUCUGCCGCCACCACAGGUUCCGCUGGAUCCAAGUCUUCCAGCGCUGCCAACGGCACGCACACCCUCAUGCCUUACACUGGUGCCGCAAGCUCCAUCUCUGGCGCCGUUUCCGGCUCUCUUGCCGUUGUCCUCUUGGGCGCUUUCGCUCUGGUUCUC